UCAGGGGGCCGUACUUCGGUUUAAUACAAACAAAGUCGGCUCACAGGUCCCACCUCCUUCUUUUUAAACUCCAUGGAAGCAGCUCGGUUUUUCUCAAACUUUGCAAGUGUUAACUCUUAUUUCAAUCAUUUUUUUCCACUUUAAGUUACACACUUCGCCAUUAAUGGCAGAAGCAAGGAGAAGGAUUGCAGUUGUUACAGGAGCGAAUAAGGGGUUAGGGCUUGAAAUAUGUAGGCAAUUAGCUUCGAACGGAAUCACGGUGGUGUUGACAGCGAGAGAUGAGAAGAAAGGUCUUGAAGCUGCUGAAAAACUGAAAAGGUCUGGCUGUCAUCAUGUGGUUUUUCAUCAACUUGAUGUGGCAGACCGUGCUAGUGUUACUUCUUUGGCAGAUUUCAUCACAACCCAGUUUGGAAAGCUUGAUAUAUUGGUGAACAAUGCAGGGAUCAGUGGGGCAGUUUUUCGUGACGAUGCUUCAUCUCAUAUCAAGGAGGGUUUGCCAAUCAAAUGGAAUUUAAUUAUGACUCAAUCUUACGAGUUAGCAGAAGAAUGCCUUCAAAUAAACUACUACGGCACCAAAAGAAUGUGUGAAGCACUAAUUCCCCUUCUCCAGUUAUCUUCUUCUCCAAGAAUUGUUAAUGUUUCCUCUACCUUAGGAAAGUUACAGUACGUGACAAAUGAAUGGGCCAAAGGAGUCUUCAGAGACAUCAAGGAUCUCACAACUGAGAGCCUCGAUGAAUUAUUGAAGCAGUAUCUAAAUAAUUACAAAGAGGGCUUACUAGAAACCAGAGGGUGGCCUGGUUUUUUAUCGGCUUAUAUUUUAUCAAAAGCUGCUAUGAAUGCGUACACAAGGAUGCUGGCCAACAAGUACCCAGCUUUCUGCAUUAACUGUGUUUGCCCUGGCUACGUCAAAACAGAUAUGAACUACAAUACAGGCAUAUUAAGCGUUGAACAAGGCGCUGAAAGUUGUGUGAAGUUAGCAAUUCUGCCCAAUGGUGGUCCUUCUGGUUUAUUCUUUUCACGGGAAGAAGAGGCCUCUUUUGAUACGUAGCCUGUUUAAAUUCAAUCAUUUGCCCUUGUAUCGCAGACCCUGAAUGCCCAUAAAUGCAAGCAUCUGGUUGUUUAUAC